AUGCAGCAGCCAGCUGCUCCCUCUCUGCGUCCAUCCCAGACCAGCCUCGCUGCUGACUCGUACUUUGCACACCGCCUCCUUGAGGAUCCCGAGUGGUCCCUCGCCACUGUCCCCCACCUCACUGAGCUCUGCCUCCAGCACAUUGCUCACAAUUUUGACAAGAACCCUAUUUUGGACCGUCUUCUGCCUGAGCACCAAAGGAAGGUGCUGGACAGGCUCUCCACUGGCCUUCCGCUUGCUGUCACUGCCAACCUGAUAAGCGAUGAGGACUACUGGAAGAGGUGCUGCACUGAGCGCUGGCAAGUCUGUGACAUCUCCAACUAUGGAGACAGCUGGAAACGGAUGUUCUUCGAACGUCACCUGGAGAACAUCCUGAAACGUUUCAUCCCUAACACCACAGACCCCAACCAGGUCCUAGAUCUCAUCCCGAUCUGCAAAGACUAUGUGCGGAAACUGGAGGUUGAUCAGUUCCUGCCACCGGUGAAGGUGGAUCAAAAGGAGGAGAGAGAUGAUCUCUCUGAUACAGGGAGUGAUUUUGGGCUCGGUGAGGUCUCCGUGCAUCACUACAACCUGGGAGUCCUCAUUACUUCUCUCCCUCACCUUGAAGAGCUUCAUCUCACUUAUGGUGUGAAGGACUGCGGCAUGAACUUUGAGUGGAACCUCUUUAACUUCACCUACCAGGACUGCUGCAACCUGGCUGUCGCUGUGAAGAAGUGCCACAACUUGAAAGUUUUCAAGCUGACACGCAGCAAAGUGGAUGAUGAGAAGACCAGGCUGCUGGUCCGUAACUUGUUGGAUCACCCCUGCUUGGUGGAGCUGGACUUGUCCCACAAUCUCAUCAGGGACAAGGGGGCACGAGCUAUUGGCAAGUUGAUCAACCGCGGCAAAUUAGAAAUCCUCGACCUGUGUAACAACCAGAUCCGUCACCUGGGGGCUCAGGCUCUUGCUCAAGCCCUGGCUGAGAACUCCACCCUGACCUCCCUGAAUCUGCGCCUCAACUGUGUGGAGGACAAAGGCGGGGAGGCGAUCGGCCAUGCCCUGCUGACCAACACCACCCUGAAGUCCCUCCAUCUGGGAAGUAAUAACCUGUCAGAGCCAACUGCCACGCUUUUCUCCCAGGUCCUGGCUCAGAACACCACCCUGACAAGUAUCAACUUCUCAUGCAACCACCUGGGGCUGGAAGGUGGGAAACAGCUGCUUGAUGGGCUGGCGGAUAACAAGGCUUUGACCGAGUUUGACCUCCGCCUGGCAGAGGUGGGUCAGGAGACUGAGUACCUCAUUCACCAAAUUGUGUGGGCCAACCGGGAAGCGGCACGGCUGGGGUCUCUGCAGCACCCCCCCGCCACACCCCUCUGA